GAGGGGCAGGGCCCGGCCAGAGGCUGGCGGGCUGGCUGCUGGCUGUGGAGCCGGCGGCGGCGGGUGGCUGGCCAAGCGUAUACCGGGUGGGAGAGGACGAGGCGGCGGCGAUGCUGCCGCCUCGGUAAGGAACGGGAGGAGGCCGCGGCGCUUGAGGCUCCAGAAAGCGCGGAGGAGCUGCUAGCUGGGGUCGGUGGCUUCGGGCGCCCGCUGGGCCAUGGUGGCUGCGGGCGGUGGUUGGCGCGGUAGCGCUGCGGCCCGGAGCCGAGCAGGACCAGGACGUCGCGGUGUUAACGCCCGCGGGGCCCAGCCACAGAUAUGAAGCGGAGCCGCUGCCGCGACCGACCUCAGCCUCCGCCGCCGCCGGCCGCCCGCAGGGAGGAUGGGGUUCAGCGAGCGACGGAGCUACCCCAGCCCCAGCCCUUGCCCCCGCGCCGACGAGCGCCGCCCGGGAGGCAGCGACUGGAGGAGCGGACCGGGCCCAUGGGGCCGGGGCCCGAGGUCAAGGAGCAGGAUGUGAUAACUGGACUUAGUCCCCUGCUCUUUAGGAAGCUCAGUAAUCCUGACAUAUCUUCAUCCACUGGAAAAGCUAAACUUCAACGGCAACUUAGUCAGGAUGACUGUAAGUUACGGAGAGGAAGCCUGGCCAGUUCUUUGUCAGGUAAGCAGCUGCUCCCCUUGUCCAGCAGUGUACACAGCAGUGUGGGACAGGUGACUUGGCAGUCUUCAGGGGAAGCAUCAAACCUUGUUCGAAUGAGAAACCAGUCCCUUGGACAGUCUGCACCUUCUCUUACUGCUGGCUUGAAGGAGUUGAGUCUUCCAAGAAGAGGCAGCUUAAUCUCUUCUCUUUGCCGAGGAUCUGAAGUAAACCAGCACAUGUUUUCACCCACAUCGGCUCCAGCCCUAUCCCUUAUUAAAGUCCCAUAUAGUGCUGAUUGUGCUCUGGCUGCUUCUCCUCUUGCCUUUUUCAUGAACCCACAAGCCCAUAGCAGUCCUGGCAGUCCCUGUUCCAGCCGCCCACUGCAGUGGAGUUGUCGGACAAGUAAUCGCAAGAGUUUGAUUGUGACCUCUAGUACAUCACCUACACUACCACGGCCACACUCACCACUCCAUGGCCACACAGGUAACAGUCCUUUGGACAGCCCCCGGAAUUUCUCUCCCAACACACCUGCUCACUUUUCCUUUGUUCCUGCCCGUAGCCAUGGCCACAGGGCAGACAGGACUGAUGGACGGCGCUGGUCUUUGGCCUCUUUACCUUCUUCAGGCUAUGGAACCAACACUCCUAGCUCUACUGUCUCAUCAUCAUGCUCCUCACAGGAAAAGCUGCACCAGUUGCCCUUCCAGCCUACAGCUGAUGAGCUGCACUUUUUGACAAAGCAUUUCAGCACAGAGAGUGUACCAGACGAGGAGGGACGGCAGUCCCCAGCCAUGCGGCCCCGUUCCCGCAGCCUCAGUCCUGGACGGUCCCCAGUUUCCUUUGACAGUGAAAUAAUAAUGAUGAAUCAUGUAUACAAAGAAAGAUUCCCCAAGGCAACCGCACAAAUGGAAGAGCGCCUGGCAGAGUUCAUUUCCUCCAAUACUCCAGACAGCGUGUUGCCCUUGGCAGAUGGAGCCUUGAGCUUCAUUCAUCAUCAGGUUAUUGAGAUGGCCCGAGACUGCCUGGAUAAAUCGCGGAGUGGCCUCAUUACAUCACAGUACUUCUACGAACUCCAAGAGAAUUUAGAGAAACUUCUGCAAGAUGCUCAUGAGCGCUCAGAGAGUUCAGAAGUGGCUUUUGUAAUGCAGCUGGUGAAAAAGCUGAUGAUUGUCAUUGCCCGCCCAGCUCGUCUCCUGGAAUGCCUGGAGUUUGACCCGGAAGAGUUCUACCACCUGUUAGAAGCAGCUGAGGGCCACGCCAAAGAGGGACAAGGGAUUAAAUGUGACAUUCCCCGCUACAUCAUUAGCCAACUGGGCCUCACACGGGAUCCCCUAGAGGAAAUGGCCCAGUUGAGCAGCUAUGACAGUCCUGAUACUCCAGAGACAGAUGAUUCAGUCGAGGGCCGUGGUGCAUCUCUGACAUCUAAAAAGACACCCUGUGAAGAGGACUUCGAAACCAUUAAGCUCAUCAGCAAUGGCGCCUAUGGGGCUGUAUUCCUGGUGCGGCACAAGUCCACCCGGCAGCGCUUUGCCAUGAAGAAGAUCAACAAGCAGAACCUGAUCCUGCGGAACCAGAUCCAGCAGGCCUUCGUGGAGCGUGACAUACUGACUUUUGCCGAGAACCCCUUUGUGGUCAGCAUGUUUUGCUCCUUUGAGACCAAGCGCCACCUCUGCAUGGUGAUGGAGUAUGUUGAAGGAGGAGACUGUGCCACUCUGCUGAAGAACAUCGGGGCCCUGCCUGUCGACAUGGUGCGUCUGUACUUCGCAGAAACUGUGCUCGCCCUGGAGUAUUUGCACAACUAUGGCAUCGUGCACCGCGACCUCAAGCCUGACAACCUCCUGAUUACAUCCAUGGGGCACAUCAAGCUCACUGACUUUGGCCUUUCUAAAAUUGGCCUCAUGAGUCUGACAACAAACUUAUACGAGGGCCACAUUGAAAAGGAUGCCCGGGAGUUCCUGGACAAGCAGGUAUGCGGGACCCCGGAGUACAUUGCGCCCGAGGUGAUCCUACGACAGGGGUAUGGGAAGCCAGUGGAUUGGUGGGCCAUGGGCGUAAUCCUGUAUGAGUUCCUGGUGGGUUGCGUCCCAUUCUUUGGAGACACUCCGGAGGAGCUCUUUGGGCAAGUCAUCAGUGAAGAGAUUGUGUGGCCUGAGGGGGAUGAUGCACUGCCGCCAGACGCCCAGGACCUCACCUCUAAACUGCUCCACCAGAACCCUCUGGAGAGACUGGGUACAGGCAGUGCCUAUGAAGUGAAGCAGCAUCCAUUCUUUACCGGUCUGGACUGGACAGGACUGCUUCGCCAGAAGGCUGAAUUUAUUCCUCAGCUGGAGUCAGAGGAUGAUACCAGCUACUUUGACACCCGCUCAGAUCGAUACCAGCACAUGGAGUCGGAGGACGAGGAGGAAGUGAGUGAGGACGGCUGCCUGGAGAUCCGCCAGUUCUCCUCCUGCUCUCCGAGGUUUAGCAAGGUGUCCAGUAGCAUGGAGCGGCUCUCACUGCUUGAUGAGCGCCGCACACCACCCCCCACCAAGCGCAGCCUGAGCGAGGAGAAGGAAGACCGCUCCGAUGGCCUGGCGGGGCUGAAGGGCCGAGACCGGAGCUGGGUGAUUGGCUCCCCUGAGAUAUUGCGGAAGCGGCUGUCGGUGUCUGAGUCAUCCCACACAGAGAGUGACUCAAGCCCUCCACUGACAGUGCGACGCCGCUGCUCAGGCCUCCUGGAUACACCUCGAUUCCCUGAGGGCCCUGAGGAGGCUAGCAGCACCCCCAGGAAGCAGCAACAGGAGGGCACAUGGCUUCUGACACCUCUACCGGGAGAAGGGGUAUCUGGGCGUAUUCCUGAACAACCAGUGGAACGGCAGCUGAGGCUGGAUGACGAGCCUGUGAGCCAGAGCAGUGGGUCCAGUCCAGCCAUGGAGACGGGAGGCCAUGGGAUGCCACAGCUGGCUGAAGGAGCCACAGCCAAGGCCAUCAGUGACCUGGCGGUGCGCAGGGCCCGCCACCGGCUGCUCUCUGGGGACUCUAUAGAAAAGCGCACCGCUCGUCCCAUCAACAAAGUGAUCAAGUCUGCCUCAGCCACAGCCCUGUCCCUCCUCAUCCCUGCAGAACACCACACCUGCUCUCCACUGGCCAGCCCCAUGUCCCCACAUUCCCAGUCAUCCAACCCGUCAUCCAGGGACUCUUCUCCAAGCAGGGACUUCUUGCCAGCCCUUGGCAACUCGAGGUCCCCCAUCAUCAUCCACCGUGCUGGCAAGAAGUAUGGCUUCACCCUGCGGGCCAUCCGUGUCUACAUGGGUGACUCGGACGUCUACACUGUGCACCACAUGGUGUGGCACGUGGAGGAUGGAGGUCCAGCCAGUGAGGCAGGGCUUCGUCAGGGUGACCUCAUCACUCACGUCAACGGGGAGCCUGUGCACGGGCUGGUGCACACAGACGUGGUGGAGCUGAUCCUCAAGAGUGGAAACAAGGUGUCUAUUUCAACAACUCCCCUGGAGAACACAUCCAUUAAGGUGGGGCCAGCUCGGAAAGGCAGCUACAAGGCCAAGAUGGCCAGAAGGAGCAAGCGGAGCCGGGGCAAGGAUGGGCAAGAAAGCAAAAAAAGGAGCUCCCUAUUCCGGAAGAUCACCAAGCAGGCAUCCCUGCUUCACACCAGCCGCAGCCUGUCUUCCCUUAACCGCUCUUUGUCAUCAGGGGAGAGCGGGCCGGGCUCUCCCACACACAGCCACAGCCUUUCCCCCCGAUCUCCCACUCAGGGCUACCGGGCGACCCCUGAUGCUGUGCAUUCAGUGGGAGGGAAUUCGUCACAGAGCAGCUCCCCCAGCUCCAGCGUGCCCAGCUCUCCAGCCGGCUCUGGGCACACACGGCCCAGCUCCCUGCACGGUCUGGCACCCAAGCUGCAACGCCAGUACCGCUCUCCACGGCGCAAGUCAGCAGGCAGCAUCCCACUGUCACCACUGGCCCACACCCCUUCUCCGCCGCCAGCUGCUUCACCCCAGCGCUCCCCAUCACCCCUGUCUGGCCAUGGAACCCAGGCUCUCCCCACCAAGCUUCACUUGUCGCCUCCCCUAGGCAGACAACUCUCACGUCCCAAGAGUGUGGAGCCACCCCGCUCACCACUACUUAAGAGGGUACAGUCAGCUGAGAAACUGGCGGCUGCACUUGCUGCUUCUGAGAAGAAACUAGCCACUUCUCGAAAACAUAGCCUUGACCUGUCCCACCCUGAGCUAAAGAAGGAACUGCCACCCAGGGAAGUCAGCCCUCUGGAGGUAGUUGGGACCAGGAGUGUACUGUCCGGGAAGGGGACUUUGCCAGGGAAGGGGGUGCUACAGCCUGCUCCCUCACGGGCCCUGGGCACCCUCCGACAGGACCGGGCUGAACGGCGAGAGUCACUGCAGAAGCAGGAAGCCAUCCGUGAAGUUGACUCUUCAGAGGAUGACACCGAUGAGGGGCCUGAGAACAGCCAAGGUGUGCAGGAGCCACGCGUGGUACCUAAUCCAGAAGUGGGCCAGGAUCCACCCCUCAGAGGAGAGGGUGAGGAAGAAGAUGCCUUCUUGCCCAGGGAGCCCAGGAGCCAGGGCCCAGUGGUCCCAGGCCUGCUGACGGGGAUCACACUGGAGCCUCCCAGGAUGGCAGGCCCUGGCGUCCCCAAGAGGAGGCUUGGCAUCCCAUACGUCUUUGAGGAGGCUGCCAGUUCCUUGUCACCAGCUUCCAGCCUGAGUAGGGCUGGACCCACAGACCCUAUCCCCACUGAAGGCAGCCUGAAGGCCCAGCACCUCCACACCCAGGCACUAACAGCACUUUGUCCCAGCCCUUCAGGACUCAUCCCCACCAGUUGCCCUGCUGCUUCCUCCAUCUCUGGAGAGCCAGGCCAAUGGUCCUGGAAAUUCCUUAUUGAGAGCCCAGACCGGGCCUCCUCAAGCAGAAAGGCAACAGUGGAAGGUAGGCUGGCCAGUUCGGAAACCACAACUCCAGCUCACUCUAAGAACCCGUCUCCCAGGCAGGAGGGGAAGUCCUGGCCACCCACUGCCCCCGGCCUGGCCCAUCCACCUUCUGAGCUUCCCAGCCAAAGCUGGCUGUGGAAGCCUGAGUGUGCACAAACAGAGAAAGAAGGGCCAGCCCUGGGCAUCACCAAAGUGCCUGAUGCCUCAGGUGACAGGAGGCAGAACGUUCCAUGCAGAAGCUGCCCUCUCACCCAAGAGCCUGGGCCCAGCCUGCUCCAGAGGGGCCAAGACCCAGGCGGCCCUCAAAAGCUUCAGGACUUGGCACUGACACCUGAGGAGCUUUUAAAGCAAACAUAGCAUUUGUUUGCCAUUUCUUGCUCUCAGACCUGUGUAAUACACGCUCUUGGAAACCAU